CAGUAGAAUAAAUAAGAUACUUAAACCUUUGGAAAGUUUUAUGUGAUGCAGGAUUUUCAAUUGUUAUUGUUUUAUGCAAAUAUGUAUAGUGUUAUUCAUUAUUGAAUGCUUUUUGGACCCUAACGUUAUUGAACGCCCAAACCACAACUACAAAGUCACGAAGACGGAUCUAAAGCUUGUGUAGGUUUAAAUCUCUACGCAUCGAAAGUUGUCAUUACAGCAAAUCUAGAUUUACAUGCGCUAUGUACGCCGUUAAAACGUAGAAAGUGUUAAAUCUUUACGCAUGACUUCAGAUAAAUUAGGCAAAUACUAAGAUCCUUCUAUUUUGGAAAAAUUAAACGGGAUUUAAGAUACGUUUAUUGUAUCAUUUUAAAGACAGAAGAAUUUAAUCUCUUGUCGACAAACGCAAUGGAGACAAAAGCAGCAGAACAAAAGCAAUUGCAAAGCGUUGAAGAAACUGAAGCAGAUUCGAUAGGAACAAGUCAUGCCCUGGAUAAAAUAGUCACUCCCGAUCCGAAAUGUAUAUCAGUGAUCCAUGUUGACAGUGCAUCCACAGCCUCAACGUCUGCGCAUUGUGGGAUUGUCGUUGAGAGUCAGACAGUGGAGCCGGAUCAAAAGACCACCAUUCUAAUUUCCCACGUUAAUCAGACGGACACGCAUGCUGGUGAGUACUUUGGCGCCACCCUGUACACGUACAAGCGGUCACCAGGGGAACAGUUCGAGUACCAGCACCUACUGAAGAAUAUCAAGGAUGGAUAUCCUGCACAAACAAUGAAAAUUUGUGAAGGUGACGAGCUGGUUCUGAUAGGUUACAAAUUUACACCGGAACUUGAGCACACAGAGGUGCUCAAUAAUUUCCUACACCACGUUAUCGUCGAUGGAAAAUCGCGUUUCUGUCUGGUUUUAAAAAGUAGUGGACAUGAGUUCUGGUAUGAAACCUGUGCAAUCCUGACUCCUAAUCAUGAUGUCCCUGAUCACGAUUUGCCCCCGAAAGUGACUAAUCCGAAAUUUGGUCCCGCCAAGUCCAUUAUUUUAUUGCCAAAAAAAAUCAUAUUUUCCAUACAAGGAUCUAUGGAAUACAUGUUCAUUGACAAAACCGGAAUUCAAGGAGUACCUAUGACUCAACCUCGUCUUUAUGUCAAUAUGACACGCAAAUUAUCGUUUAAUCCAUGGAAAUUCACAGCAGCCUUGUCUGGAAUGGAUGGGCAAUCGUACGUGCACAUAGAUGGUCAAAGAAAUAUAGUCAUAUCGGAUAAAUCCAACCGCACGUUUUUCGGGUAUACAAAGAUUGGAGACGACUACAGAUUCUAUGUCGACGUCUUCUUUCUGUCGUAUGACAAAAUAUCAAAGAGCUUUGCCAUGUCAAAUAUCAACACAGACGACAACAUUAUUAUUUACGAAGAUGUUGGAACCCCAUCUUGUCCGUCUUCAGACAACCUAGAGAUCGACUCAUCUAUGAUGGCAGGUAACAGCAAGGAAGGCGUCAAUAUGCGUCGAGUUCCUUGUUGUUUUAUGUAAAAAAAAACGUUCGUCGGAUGCUGAGAAAGGUUGCGUCUUUUCUUAAAAUGCAAGGUCGUCGCAACCACUUAAGCUGACAAGCGCCUAAGUUGUUGCGUCGACUAUGCGUCAAAUACCCGUUGCAAGGGCGACGUCCGCACAGUGUACAGUAUAUCUGCAUCCGACGCACAUCGUUUUACUUGGAAUGUUCCCGUUGAAAGACGAUCAAAUCCGCCAAGUUUCAUUGGGAACGACGUACGACUUCAUUCACUGCACGAUUAACCUGCGUUUUUCUCACUAGUAAAAACAAUCACCAUAAGGCACCCGAUGGUGUUUUAGACGUACGUGAAACAUACGUCCAUCAAGAUUUUUGUGAAGUGAAGUUAUUAUUUAGACAUUUUUUUUAUUCAAUAUAAGACAUUUUAUGUAUACAUGUGUAUGAUCAUAAAACAAAGUGAUACUAUGUAGCUACUAUGAAAUGCUAAUAUAUACUUUUUUGACCUUGUGGUUUCCUUUUGAUUAAAAAAAAAAUAAAUAUAAAUAUAAUUAUAUUAACUUUUUGUUGUUGUUUGUGAUUGGUGUUUAAAAAAAAGGAAAACAACAGAAUAGUUAUGAAUAAUGAUGAGUUACAUAA